AUGGAUAACAAGGAAAAGCAUCGCAAAGUGCUUCGUACCACUUUCAGCAAAGCAGCAAAAGAGUUAGAAGACCUAUUAAAAGACCAAAAAGGUGAGGUACGACAGAUCAAAAUAUCCUUAGAUCUAUUACGACAGAAAAUGGAAGAUCUAAGGAGAAUAGAUGAAGAAAUUUAUGAUCUCCUGUUAAACGAGGAUGCCAGUGAACAAGACCUGUUGAAGGAAAUGGAAGACAGUGACAGCUACAUCAGACAGUUUGCGGACCUGAGUAUACAGUUCGAGGAACGGGUUCAACCAAGGAUAGCUGCGUCCGUGGAGGAUGAGGUGGCCUCUGGUACAACUGGUAAGAGCACAGGGAGCCUACAAGGUAAGCGUAAAUUCAAAUUACCUAUGCCAGAAUUCAAGAAGUACGAUGGGAACAUUAAGAGCUGGUUGCCUUUUUGGUCACAGUUUCAAAAGAUACAUCAUGAUUCAGACAUAGACUUAAGCGAUAAAGUUGAGUAUUUAGUUCAAGCUACUGUACCGGGCAGUAGGGCAAGGUUAGAGACUCAGUUAAGGGCUUUGGAGACACUAGGUAUUAAAUUGGAUAAAUACGCGGCUAUGUUAUUUCCUUUGGUCGAAUCGUGUCUACCCGCGGAUUUAUUAAGGAUAUGGCAAAGAUUUCCGGAAGAUGUUGGGUCACAAACGUCUAUUAAUAGUGCCGGUAUUCCCACCAUAGAAAAUCGACUCAAAAGUUUGUUGCAAUUUUUGAAAAAUGAAGUCGACAAUGAACAGAAUGUUUCCUUAGCGAUCGAAGGUGUUGGCGUAUCAGGUACUAAGUCUGGGAAUUCUAAACGUAAUGGUCCUAAAAAGAGGAUGCCAGAAGAGGAAGAACCCCAGUUUCCUUCGGCGAUGGGUCUAAUGAAUUCUCAUAGUACAAAUCAUAGAUGUGUAUUUUGCGAAAAUGCACACGAAAGCAGCCAAUGCUUCAAGGCUCAGAAGUUGAUUUAUGACCAGAGAGUGAAUAUUUUGACAGAGAAAGGUGCUUGCUUCCGCUGUUUGAAAAUUGGACACCAAUUUCGAAGAUGCCGUGGUGAAUUAAGUUGCUUACUUUGUCACAAACCACAUGUGCCCCUAAUGUGCAGAGAACUUUCGAUGGACAAGGCAAAAAAGGAAGAGGAAAAUAAGAUAGAGAAUGAUGGUCAAGCUGUGCCGAAAAUAAAUCAGUCAUUGGCCAACAGUGCUACUGCUAAUGUCUUUUUGCAAACUUUGCGCGUCAAAAUAAACCACUUAGGCAAGACGCGAGUUGUACGCGCCUUAAUAGAUACCGGAUCUCAAAAGACGUAUAUUCUGAGGUCCACUGCUAGAUUAUUAAAUUAUCCAUGUAAACGACAGAUUAACCUUGUACAUGGAUUAUUCGGAGGCAGCGAGCUAGCACAAAAACAUGAUUGUUAUGACGUUAAUUUGAGUUAUAAUAACUACAGUUGCACAUUUGAAGCACUAGAUCAGCCCGUAAUUUGUAGCGAUAUUUCUUCCGUAUUUAAUGGUCCCUGGAUGGAAGAACUGAAGAGGCUGAAUAAAGAGAUAACAGAUUCCGGUGAUAGAUCUCCUAUAGAGAUUUUAAUAGGUGCAGACAUUGCAGGAAAGCUCUAUACCGGAAGAAGGCAUAUUUUAGGAUGUGGACUGGUAGCUGUAGAAACCUUAUUGGGCUGGACUUUGAUGGGAAAAAUACCUUUAGAUCAACAAGACAAUCGUACCGCAACAACUGUUUCACUUUUUAUUAGCAACGCGUCGAUUAGUCAACUGUGGGAGUUAGAUGCUUUGGGUAUUAAUGAUCCGGCUGAAAGGAAGACAAGGGAAGAAACGGCGCUAGCAGCAAAGCAACUUUUUUUUGAGACUAUUGCAACAGAUUCCACAGGACGAUAUGAAAUCAGACUGCCAUGGUUAGAAGGACAUCCGGCAUUACCAAGUAACUACCAGAUGGCUAAGAAAAGGCUGGAUACCACGUUGAAGAAGAUAAAUAAAGAUGGAUAUCUUGAAGCCUACGGCCAAAUAUUUAAAGAGUGGCUGGAUGAAAAUAUAAUUGAGGAAGUGCUCGAGGAGCAGCCGAACCGAGGUCAUUAUUUACCCCACAGGCCGGUAAUUAAGCCUAAUAGCGCGUCCACAAAAAUCAGCCCAGUUUUUGACGCUUCAGCGAAAGGAAGACAAACCUUCUUUAAACCAGUGCCUUGA